AUGUCAUACCAAACACCAUCAGCCUAUUCCCCAAUGUCUUUUUCUUCUUCUUCGUCUUCAUCCCCUUCAUCCUCAGACACAAGCGCAGGAGUGAGCGCGCCACGAACCAAGCGCGCCCGCGUAUCCGCAGAACACACACUAAACCGUGUGCGAGAAAACCAACGACGACACCGUGCCCGCCAACGCGACCACGUCGCUUCACUAGAACUCAAGCUCGCCGAGACAGAAAGACUACUAGUAGAAGCAAGAGCAGAAAUCGCCCUACUCAGACAACAAGCCGCGGAAAGAGAUGCAUACGACGGUGGAAACAUGGAAAGCGGAAUACUAGAAAAAGACAUCAUAUCCCUCACGCCACCGACAUCGGCACCAACCCAAAACCAAACCGCACUAUUCCUCAUCCCAGCCCAAAACGAAAGCAUCAACAACAGCAACAGCAAUCCAACCUCGCAGCACAACGUCUACCCAGAUAUGUCCCAAAUCACAGACCUAUCCUUCUUCACCAACACGACCACCUCACCCGCUACCACGUCCAUCACCACAGACUCAACCUACUUCCUAUCCCCCCUUCCACUCCCCCUCCCCCUCUCCCUCCCCAACAGCACCCCGCCCCUCGACCUCCAAGACACAACCCCAACCGCCGGCCCCCCACCCUGCUGCUCCGACCCCCCCGCCCUCCUCUCCCCACCACCUUCUUCCCCCUCAGACCCAGAAUGCACAACCUGCAAAACCCGCCCCCCACCCUCGCCCAACGAAAGCACCACGCUAUGCGCCCAAGCCUACGUCUUGAUUCGACAGCAAAACUUUCGUAAUCUGGAUCCCCAGUCCAUACGGCUGUGGUUGGCCCAGGGGUUGCGCAGAGCGCAGAGGGAAGGUGAAGGGUGUAGGGUGGAAAAUGGCGCCUUGUUGCGCUUGUUGGAUUUUAUUAGUGGGGUUUAA